GAAACAGGCGAGAGGCAGGUGUCGCAAGACAGAGCCCGGGCUGCUAUAUAGGAGCUCUCCACGUCCUGGGGCGGCUUGAGUCCGAGUUGUGGGGUUUGUUGUGGCUGGUUGUGGCCCGUUCUUGCUGCGGAGGCCUCCGGGCUGCACUCCGGCGUGCCAGUUUUCUCAGGGGCCGGUGGAGCGGGGCCCUGGCCGCUCACCAUGUGGGCCUUCCCGGACUUGCCGAUGCCGCUGCUAGUGAACUUGAUGGGCUCCCUGGUGGGGUUUGUGGCCACCCUCACUCUGAUCCCAGCUUUCCGUGACCACUUCAUCGCCGCGCGUCUCUGUGGCCAAGACCUCAAUAAAUCCAGCCGGCAGCAGAUCCCAGAGUCCCAGGGAGUGAUCAGUGGCGCCGUCUUCCUUAUCAUUCUCUUCUGCUUCAUCCCUUUCCCCUUCCUGAACUGCUUCGUGGAGGGGCAGUGUAAGGCUUUUCCUCAUCACGAAGUAAGUGGCUUAGUGGAGGCCCUUGCCUGGGGCUGGGGCCUGAACGAGUGGCGGGUUUGUGGGGUGGGAUGGGGAGAGGCUGGAGCCUGGGCCUGCCCGAGCCUCCCCCAGUUUGUGGCCAUGAUAGGUGCCCUCCUUGCCAUCUGCUGCAUGAUCUUCCUGGGCUUCGCGGAUGACGUGCUCAAUCUGCGUUGGCGCCACAAGCUGCUGCUGCCCACAGCUGCCUCACUGCCCCUCCUCAUGGUCUACUUCACCAACUUUGGCAACACCACCAUCGUGGUCCCCAAGCCCUUCCGUCUGCUCCUUGGCCUUCAUCUGGACUUGGGGAUCCUGUACUAUGUCUACAUGGGACUGCUGGCUGUGUUCUGUACCAAUGCCAUCAAUAUUCUAGCAGGAAUUAAUGGCCUGGAGGCUGGACAGUCAUUAGUCAUUUCGGCCUCCAUCAUUGUCUUCAACCUGGUGGAGCUGGAAGGUGAUUAUCGGGAUGAUCACAUAUUUUCCCUGUACUUCAUGAUCCCCUUUUUCUUCACCACCUUGGGAUUGCUCUACCAUAACUGGUACCCAUCCCAGGUGUUUGUGGGAGAUACCUUCUGUUACUUUGCUGGCAUGACCUUUGCCGUGGUGGGCAUCUUGGGACACUUCAGCAAGACCAUGCUACUCUUCUUCAUGCCCCAGGUGUUCAACUUCCUCUACUCUCUGCCUCAGCUCCUGCAUAUCAUCCCCUGCCCUCGCCACCGAAUACCCAGACUCAAUACCAAGACAGGCAAACUGGAGAUGAGCUAUUCCAAGUUCAAGACCAAGAGCCUCUCUUUCUUGGGCACCUUUAUUUUAAAGGUCGCCCGGAAGCUGCAGCUUGUGACAGUGCACCAGAGCCAGAACGAGGAGGGCGACUUCACCGAGUGUAACAACCUGACCCUCAUCAACUUGCUGCUUAAAGUUUUUGGGCCCCUACACGAGAGGACCCUCACCUUGCUCCUGCUGCUGUUGCAGAUCGUGGGUAGUGCUCUCACCUUCUCCAUUCGGUACCAGCUCGUCCGUCUCUUCUAUGAUGUCUGAGUCUCCUAGUCGUUGGCCUGUGACCUCAUAGUCGCCAGGGGUCCUGACCUAACUGACCUCUGUGUGGACCAAGCUGCCUCCUGGCCCAGAUGCCUCGGCAUUUUCCCUCGCCUGAGAUAAUGGACAUCGGGGCCUUUCUUGCUCCCUACUGACUGUUGAUUAGACUUCCUGUGGUUUCCGCCAGUAGGCCACUCGGUCCUGCCAUCCCAUCUUUGCAGUUGGCUGAGUUGGGCUUCAGCAACUUUUAUGCAGUCACCCACAGCUCAACUCCCAGGGACCUGACUCUGACCCCAGGGACACUCUGGGCCGUGGGAGAGGACCUGGGCCGGAAGUUGGCUUGACUUUUGACUAUCAAUUAAGUAUUCUGAUUAGUAAGGGCAGAAGGGGGGAGACCAGAUGCUCCCAAUAAUGACAAUAAAGUGUUGUCUUUUUU